AUGAGCAAAUUCGUUAUACUACCUUUUCUUGCUGCUGUGUUUUUAAUUAUUGGAGCGAUAUUAACUAUUGUUUCUCUUCCACUUCCAUGGGCUAUGGCUAAUGUUAAAACAGCUAACGUACAUUAUUCAUUUUAUUUACUUGGAUGGACAACAGACAACUGUAAAGAUGACAACGGUUCUCGCCUUCGUUAUGGAUAUGGAAAUACUUUUGAAUUUAAAGAUUUAAAAUCAUCAGGUAUUUGUGCUCUAGUAUUUUUAAUUAUUGGAUUAGUUUUUUCAUUUAUUUGUGCACUCUUCUAUCUUCUUCAUGCAUUUGGUCCAUGUCAAAAAUGCUUAAAGAAAAUUAAAUUAAAUGUAGGAAGAAGAACUUGGAUUUUAUUGAUAUUUGCAUUUAUCUCUCUUGCUAUUAACAUUGUUGGAAUGAUUUUAUGGUUAGCUUUAUUCUUUGCACAUAACGUUUCUGAAUGGCUUGCUCAAAGUUCACCAAAUCCAAAUUAUGGUUUCUAUAUUGAAUUAGCUUCAAUUGUUGUUACUGCAGUUGGCAUUCUUAUUGCAAUGUUCUGGAAGCACAGUUAAGCUCUUUGUUUUGUUCUCCUUUUUUAAAGAAUUUAAUAC